GCGCAUGCUCUUGCGCGCACUAGAAGGAACCAACGUCUCUCAGCGCUGAGCCCAUCGCUGGACUGGGCUACCCAGGCGAAGGCGGCUUACACAGCCCGACCUUGAGAGUCACGGUUUUAUUUAAAAGUUAGAAAUGGAAUCGGCCUAUCUUCAAAAGCAGUUGGGGACGUGCCUAACUCAGGGUCUUGCAGAAGUGGCAAGAGUUCACCCCAUGGAUCCAAUAGAAUAUUUAGCUCUGUGGAUUUACAAGUAUAAGGAAAAUGCAACUAUGGAACAGCUGAGACAGGAGGAAAUGGCUCAGCUGGAGCAUGAACGAGCAGUGGCGCUGGCGGAGCAGGAAUUGUUGGAGAGGCUCAGAGCGGAGGAGCUCUUGUUUCAGCAGGAGCAGCUGGCAUUGCAGCUGGAGCUGGAAAUGCAAGAAAGAGAGAGACAGAGAAUAGAAGAGCUUGAGCGAGCACAUGAACAAUUAGACCAGGAGAUGAGAAUGAAUAUGGAGAAUAUAGCCAAGGAUGAAGAUGCUUUGCAUUCAGAGGAAGGGGCCCAAGAGGCAGGCAAAACACUAGCAGAAAUUAGUGACCGAUAUGGGGCGCCUAACUUGAGCAGAGUGGAAGAAGUUGAUGAACCAAUGAUACUUGAUGCAGCGGAGACUGAUAAGAUGGGAACUGAGAACAGAAAGACCUGACUAUACAAGGUUGCACUAAACAUUGACCAGUAUUUGUAGGAUCAACCAACCUAAGAUCAAUAAAUUUCUCUGCUUGUUUCAACUUUCAAA